AUGGAGCCCCGCAGCGUGAUCCCGCUUGACAAGAAGUGGGAGUUCAAGCAAGCUGACAAGGAGGAUAGCAAGUAUCUUCCAGUCGCACAAUUCCCCACUAAUGUCCAUCUCGACCUACUUGCUCAUAAACUCAUUCCAGACCCGUUCAUCGGCAAGAAUGAGCUAGACGUGCAAUGGAUCGGGGAAGCCGUUUGGAUUUACAAGACGACGUUCCCGUCCCUUAGCAUUGGGGCGUCUGCAAAAGCCAUCCUAGCUUUUGAUGGUCUCGAUACUUUUGCGACUGUAGUGCUCAACGGCCACACCAUCCUGAAGACAGACAACAUGUUCGUCCCUGAACGUGUUGAUGUCACCUCAGUUCUGGCCGAAGAGGGUGAUAACGAACUCGAGAUUACCUUUGACAGCGCGUAUCUUCGGGGUUGGGAACGGGUCGAGAAGUAUCCUGACCACAAGUGGGGUUGCUGGAAUGGCGACAAUUCAAGAUUGGCCGUCAGGAAAUCACAGUACCAUUGGGGAUGGGAUUGGGGUCCGACCCUGUUGACUUGCGGUCCUUGGCGACCAAUUCAGCUUGAGGUCUAUGAAUCCAGGCUCUCAGAUCUGUGGUGCGACACUACAGUAGAAAAGUCUCUCAAGUCUGCGACUGUGAAGGUGAACACUAGUGUGGAAGGGAAGCCCGCAAAGGUUCGAUUCGAUGUCUUGCUAAAUGACCAGCUCCUGGCCGCACAAGAAGUCGAGGGUACUGAUGUUACUUUCACAAUCGCCAAUCCUGAACUCUGGUACCCCGUCCGAUACGGUAGCCAGUCUCUCUACACGGUCAAAGCUACGCUGGUCGACAAUGGAAAGGAGAUCGACUGCAUCACAAAGAAGAUAGGCUUGAGAAGAGCUGAGCUUGUCCAGAGACCUCUCAAAGACCAACCAGGCACCUCCUUCUUCUUCGAGAUCAACAACAUCCCAGUUUUCUGCGGAGGCAGCGACUGGAUCCCCGCUGACAACUUUAUUCCACGUAUCAGCAAGGAGAGGUAUUAUGAUUGGGUCAAGCUUGUUGCUGAUGGCAACCAAUUCAUGAUCCGCGUGUGGGGCGGCGGCAUCUAUGAGGAACAGGCUUUCUACGAUGCUUGCGAUGAGCUCGGUAUUCUCGUAUGGCAAGACUUCAUGUUCGGCUGUGGCAACUAUCCUGCCUGGCCUGAAAUGUUGGACUCCAUCAAGCGUGAGGCUGAGGAAAACAUCAAGCUGCUAAGACACCAUCCUAGUAUCGUCAUCUGGGCCGGCAACAACGAGGACUACCAGUACGCGGAGAGUGUCAACUUGACCUGGGACCAGCAUGACCAUGACGCCGAAAGCUGGCUAAAGACCGACUUUCCCGCUCGCUACAUCUACGAGAAGGUCCUUUCAGAUGCCUGUAAAGAUUUGAUCCCCGCUACGUACUAUCAUCCCGGCAGCCCUUGGGGCGGUGUAGAUACUCGCGACCCAACUGUAGGGGACAUCCAUCAGUGGAACGUCUGGCACGGCACGCAGGAAAAGUACCAAAAUUUUGACAAGCUUGUCGGUCGAUUUGUGUCUGAGUUUGGCAUGGAAGCAUUCCCGUCAGUUAAGACAAUCGACGCUUUCUUGCCCCUUGGAAGGGACGAUCCCGAUCGUUACCCGCAGUCCUCCACCAUUGACUUCCACAACAAAGCCGACGGUCACGAGCGCCGUAUUGCGCUGUAUCUCGUCGAGAAUAUGCGGUAUGCACCGGAUCCCUUGGAGCAGUUUGUGUACUCUACCCAGUUGAUGCAAGCUGAGUGCCUCGCCUCGGCGUAUCGAUUAUGGAAGAGACAGUGGAAGGGUCCUGGACGGGAGUACUGCGCUGGCGCCUUGGUCUGGCAGAUCAAUGAUUGCUGGCCUGUGACGAGCUGGGCCAUCUGCGAUUAUUAUCUGCGCCCCAAGCAUGCCUACUUCACAGUGAAGCGAGAGAUGGCCCCUGUUAGUGUGGGUAUGACGAGGAGAGAGCAUAAGCACCCGAAGAAUAAGUAUACCCGUGUGGACAUCGAAACCAAGGUCGAGAUCGAAAUUUGGGGCUCCAACCUCACACUCGAGGACCUUGUAGUUGACUGCGUUGUCAAGGCCUGGGAUGUGGAGACCGGCAAGGAGACAUUUUCCAAGACCAUCGCCGAAAAGAUAUCUCUACCCAAGAACCAAAGCACCGAGAUCGUAGCUUUGGAAGUCCCCGCUCCUAAGAAAGGAGAUGAGGCUAAGACAGUGGUGGCUAGUUAUCUGGUCCAGGACGGAAAGCAGAUUGCGCGAUACGUAAACUGGCCAGAGCCGUUGAAGUACCUUCAUCUGCAGAAGCCAGGCAAGCUUGCUGCUACACUCAGUGCCGAUGCCAAGUCCGUCCACGUCAGUGCGGAGGUGCCGGUCAAGGGUGUUGCACUUGAGUGUGAAGACGACGAGGUCAAAUUCGAAGACAAUCUGGUUGAUAUAGUGCCGGGCGAGACGGUUAUUAUUGCUGUCAAUGGUGCGGUGGAGUCGAGCGCCAUCACAACGCGGUAUCUUGGCAUGAUAUAG